AUGCCAGCAGAUAUUCCCAUCGCGCAAAGGAUCGCAUUAUAUUCACAUCCGCAAUCCAAUCCAAAUGAGAACGACGAACCGGCGAUCCCCACAGAUGAUAUCCAGGUUGCUGUCCAGGAGCUAGAGAACGCGUGGAAGGAGGCGCAGUCCACGCCGAGUACAAUUCAGGCAUCUGAUAUUACCGACGCCAACCCAUGGCUGCGCAUGACCCGGUGGUCCGAGUAUUUAGAAGGAAUCGCACCAAAGGAUCUAACCGACAGCGUGGCGCCGCCCGAGGAAGAGCCCACAGAUCCCGUGGAGCAGGGCGUGCGCCACAUUUGGGCCGCCAUGGAGCAGGUCGUGCGCAAGAGCCAGCGCGUGGUCCAGCACAGCGGCCAGGCAAUCUGCAUUGAAGCCAUCCGAUCUGAAAAGGGUCAAACACCAUAUCGACCGUUGCAGGCGUAUAUGGAUACCGAGAGCGUGGUUAAGCAUAUGCAGCCAUGGCAGCAAAUCCUAUUCCACAGGCCUGGGGCGGAUGUUGGUAGAGUCUGGUUAGGGUCGGAUAACAGUGGGGCGAGGAUCUAUCCGCAUGGUGGUCGAGUAAGCCGUGACGAGCGCGUGCGUGCAGAUGCUGAGCUGCAGCGAUCCUUUAUAUCUGUGACAUGCCAGCAGAUAUUCCCAUCGCGCAAAGGAUCGCAUUAUAUUCACAUCCGCAAUCCAAAUGAGAACGACGAACCGGCGAUCCCCACAGAUGAUAUCCAGGUUGCUGUCCAGGAGCUAGAGAACGCGUGGAAGGAGGCGCAGUCCACGCCGAGUACAAUUCAGGCAUCUGAUAUUACCGACGCCAACCCAUGGCUGCGCAUGACCCGGUGCGUGGCGCCGCCCGAGGAAGAGCCCACAGAUCCCGUGGAGCAGGGCGUGCGCCACAUUUGGGCCGCCAUGGAGCAGGUCGUGCGCAAGAGCCAGCGCGUGGUCCAGCACAGCGGCCAGGCAAUCUGCAUUGAAGCCAUCCGAUCUGAAAAGGGUCAAACACCAUAUCGACCGUUGCAGGCGUAUAUGGAUACCGAGAGCCGCAAGAAAUGGCGGCAGUUAUGGCACCUCGCCACUACCCACCGGGAUAUUCCCGGCGAGCCGCAGGACGACGACGCAGCGUGGCGCAUGACCCCGAUCGAAGGCGCGUGUUUGGAGUUUUGCAUCGAGUUGCUAAACCAAAAGCAGCGUAGCCAUGAGUACGAGAGCGUGCUUGUGGCGCGCUUUAUAAUUGUCCAGAAAGCGCUUUGGUUGGAUCCGAAUCCCGAGGAGAUUAUCGCGGUGUGGCAGAAGAAGAGUAACUGCGCGCAGUGGGUGCUCGCCAGCGCCGACGACGAGCUGGAGGAUAUUUAUUCGGACGAGGGAUAUUACAGUCAACCAGAGCAAGGCAUCCCAUCAUCGCCCCCACAUCGCCCAUUACCAGCAGAGCACGUGGAGUGGAUGGUGCAGCGGUUUAUGGUGCGUGGCACCCACAGUCCAAUACAAACGUUGCAGGAUUGGCGCACGUACGGGUUAAAGAUCCAUUAUAAUACCACGGCGCCCGGGCACAUUACAUGGAACCAUGGCGACGAGCUCGGAUACAAGCAUAUCACAUUUACCAUGGGCGAUUUCCGCGGAUUUGUCCAUGGAUUGGUCGGGGCCACACGCCAGAUAUUCGCGGGAAGACAUUCCCAGUAUUCCAUGGCACGCGAUCUACGACGACCCCACGCAGGCCACGGUGGGAUGGAAUUUUUGCGGGAUCAGCGCACGCAAUGGCCGGUGGGGCCCAAGUGGAUGAUCGGCCGGUUGCGGGCCGAGCCGGCCGUGCAGAAGGAGUUUACCGUCCGGCGCCAAGCCCGACGGCUGCACAUGCCGAAGGUGGCGCAGUAUCUGGAGCGCGUGGCGCGAUUUAAGGAGAAAUUAGCAGUGCUUGUUCACGUGGUAUCCGGCCAGCCGGCUCGCGCACCCGAGUUAUUAAGCAUUCAACAUGUGAAUACCGUGGCGAAUCGACAGCGCAAUAUCUAUAUCGAGGACGGGAUGGUGGCGUUGAUCAUUCAUCGAUUUGUGCCACGGGAGGUGGGUGAAUUAAUUGUGUGGUAUUUAUGGUUGGUAUUACCAUUUGUGCAGCAACUAAGCGCAUGGCAUGCGAAGCAGACGCAGGGCACCACGGCGCAGGGCAUGCACGCAACGCAGGGAACGCACGCAGUGCAGGGCACCACCACAGCGCAGGGCACGAACGCAACGCAGGGCACGCAGGGAAUACGCGCAGUACAGGGCACCACCACAGCGCAAAAACCACCACAGCGCAAAGCACCACCACAGCGCAGGGCACCACGGUGCAGGGCGCUCACGCAACGCAGGGCACGUACACAUCGCAGGGCACGUACGCAGCGCAGGGCACCACGGCACAGGGCAUGGACGCAACGCAGGGCACGCACGCAACGCAGGGCACGUACACAUCGCAGGGCACGCGCACGCAGCGCAGGGCACGCACGCAGCGCAGGGCACCACACAGCGCAGGGCACGCACGCAGCGCAGGGCACCACAGCGCAGGGCACGCACGCAGCGCAGAUCCGCGAAGAUGCGUUUUUAUGGGGCCCCGACCCCGGAACCCGGCGCAAAUGGACGUCCGAGCGGUUCCGGGAGGUGUUAAAGCGCGAAACCAAGACCCGGUUAAAAGAAGCCAUUAAUAUCCAGUGCAACAUGCAGGAGGAGAGAGACUUGGCGCAGGCUGUGUUAAACGCCGACACCGAGGAGGGCGGCGCAUUCAUCCCAAUUGGCGGGUGGAGUGUACGGCCGUGGUAUUAUGGAGCAGCCCGGGACCACGGCACAUCGCCGUGCAAUGUUUCGACUCUCCAGCACCGAUUGGCACCGGUUUUGGGGUUUGCAUCCGCCGCGGAGCCCAGCCCGUUGGGGAAGCGCAAGAGAUCACCAUGGGAGGACGAAGCCGAGGAGGGCCGAGUGGUCCGACGUCACCGGUUAAAUAUCGCAGAUAUGCGCACCACGUUGCAGCACAUGACCGGGCAAGAGGAUAUCCAGUUCCGGGGCGUCCAAGCACCGGCGUUGCGCGCCAUUCAGGACGGCAAGAGCCCGGUGCAAACACGCCGGUUAGACCGGAUCGUGAUCGACGAAUGCCAUGUGAUAUUAAACGACCAAACGGAUUUCCGACCCGAGUUGCGACAGCUGGGGCGGUUGAACCACGCGCGAACCCAGAUGGUGUUAUUAACUGCCACGUUGCCGCCGCGGUUGGAGGCGAAGUUAUUCCGGCGCAUGGAGUAUUCCCGCGAGCAAGUCCAUAUAUUUCGGGACCGGACAAGCCGUCCCAACGUGGCGUAUCGCGUGUGGCGGCCCGAGCUGGGUCGGCGUUCCAUGCAGUGGUUUACCAGCGAGCCGGUGCUCGCGUUUAUCCGCGAGCGAAUCCAGCGCGCCAAGGAUGGCAAGGUGGUGGUAUACGGCCAUGUGGUCCGUCAGGUAGUGGAGAUUGCACGCGAGUUAGCGUGCGAGGCGUACUACAGCAAGCAGGUUGACAAGCCAUCUAUAUUACAGCGAUUUACCCGGGGCGAGGCGCGAGUAAUUACCGCCACCAGUGCAUUGGGCAUGGGUGUGGAUAUCCCCGAUAUUCGCAGUAUUAUCCAUAUUGGAACACCGCGGUCGUUGUUGGAGUACGGGCAGGAAAGUGGGCGAGCCGGACGGGAUAGCCAGCGCAGCGAGGCGAUUAUUAUCCAGCCCGAGGGCUGGGACGAGCCCACGCCGGAGACGCCAGAGGCCGUGGCGGAUCGCGAGUUGGUGGACGAGUACCUCGGGGUGGCGCCCGGGGUGGGAUGUCGACGGUUUGUAUUGGACGCGUACAUGGACGAAACAGUGAAUGGCUAUACGCGCCGAUACUGUCAGGAUAUUGAUUCCACCGAGGCACUCUGUGACGGCUGUGACGCCGAUUGGCUCGCGCAGGAGUCGGUUUGCAUGUCCCCGGACAGAUAUUCCCCGGACACCCGCAUGGACGAUCUCGCCAGCACGACAAGCCCACCACGCGAGAUUAGCGCUACGGGCAGUCCCCAUUCCCAUGGUAGUGGCGAAUUAUUUCCAUUAUCGCAUAUUAUACCACAGAGCACGCAGAAUAUCGCGCCAAAUCCCACACGCCGGUCCCAAUCCCAUGACAGUACAGAAUCAUUUGAAACUCAAGUAAUAUCGCAUGUUAUACCACAGAGCACGCAAAAUAUCGCCCCCAAUCCCACGCCCACGGUUAGUAUCGCCGAACGCCAGCGCCAACGGGUGCAAGACCAGCGCCAUGCAGCGCCCCGUAUUCAACACCAGGUGCAAGAUGCACGGCAGUGGUUGGACGAGGAAACUAUUGAAAACGAGAUAGCACCAUGGCAGAAAAAGUGCUAUAUUUGCACCAUUGCAGGACGGGAACGGAACGAACACGAGUUAUACUUUUGUCGUGGGCCCAAAAGCGACAAAGCCAAGGCAUGGGUUAAUCUAGUUCGCCAACGAUCUGUCGACGAUGGGAGGUACUAG